CAACUAACAAUGGCGGACACGGUUAUUUGCAGCGGGGCCGUAGAUGAGGCACAUCCUGAAAUAUUUGACAUGCGAGCAAUGCCUCCACAACCGAAAGAGAAAAAACCAGGCCAACUUUCCGAAAGCAAGAUCAAACAGUUCUUCGAAGAGGGUUUCCUCAUAGUUGAGAAUUUUUUCAGUAGAGCUGAACUGGACGUGGUUCGGGAUGCGACGGAGGGCUUAGUGGAAAAGCUAGCUCAGAAACUUUACUCUGCUGGAAAGAUCAAAAAUCUGUAUAAAGAGUGUGGCCUAUUUGAGAGACUGACAAAGAUAGAUGCCGAAUUUCCUGGAGCCAAUAUCCUUCUCCACAAAACAGGAGAACUACCACAGGCCUAUCGUGAUUUGUGGUCUAACGAGCGCCUGCUGAACGUCAUCGAACAGUUGAUUGGACCAGAUAUUGCUUCGUCUCCAGUAUGGAAUCUCCGUACCAAAACUCCCCGGAACGAAGCUACCGUGGUUCCCUGGCAUCAAGAUAGUGCUUACUUUGAUAACGAGUCCUACAAGGUCCUGGUUCCUACCGCCUGGAUCCCACUGCUAGACACGGAUGAGUUUAAUGGUGGAAUGCAGGUUAUCAAAGGUGGCCACAGUCCGGGGAAAAUAGCUACACAUCAAUGUUGUUAUGGUGGAACUUGGUACGUUAUGCUAGAAGAGGAGGAAAUGGAGAAGUCUCUUGGUUUAGACAUGGUCCAGGACACCGUCACCUGUCCCAUACCUUACGGCGGGUUCCUUCUCUUCAACAAUGCCACGCCACAUAGAAGUCUACCUAACCUGUCGAAGCAGGUACGCUGGGCACUUGACCUGCGAUGGCAGCGGCCUGAUCAGCCUUACGGUUUAUGGGGCAUGAAGAACGGCGUUGUUAUGAGGUCAUCAUCGGACGAUAAUGUCAAGAUUGACUGGGAUUCUUUCGUGGCCGUAGACCGCACCUCCCUACAAAAGGAAUCUGUUAAGGAUAUGGAAAUUGAAUGUGAUCCUGAGUUCGACACCACCCUGCAAGGACCAUGGAUGAAGAAAUGGGAGAUUGUGCAUAUAAACAAGCAUACGAAACGUCACGAACAAAUGCAGAAAGCAAAACAGUAGUAAAGACAGAAGAAGAAAAAGCCGCAUGUGUUGUACGAAAUAGCAUAGGAUUUUAUCCGACAAUAAGCACAUAAAUUGUAAUUUUUCCACUCACAUGUAGGCUUCAAGGACAUAUGUUGUAGUGGUAAAAGAUUGUUUCUCAAUUGUUGUAAAAUAAAUAUAGGUUAUGGUUUCU